CAAAUAUUUUACUAUUCAGAGUAAACUCUUUAGAUUUAACACUUUAUGAUGAAUGGCGUUUCAAAGAUGUCAUACAAAAAUUAGUUGAAUCAACGAAACAGUCUAAAAUGAAAGUUUCCACAAAACACGAUCAAUAUUCCUCUUCAACAAUGAAUAAUGAAACAGAUACUGCUGUCGGUUCACCGCCAGUAUUCAUUCGAAUAGCUGGAGAUAUUAAUUGGGAUCAAGCACAGGCAGCUAUUGUCCGUAGCACUACUCCAGAUCUUAUAAGAUCUAUUCAUAAAGUUCGUGAUUAUUUUCAAGAACAAGUUCGAGAAGGUCGUUUAUCAUUGUUUGGACAAGUUGGUCGUUUCGGUAUACUUCCAAUCAAUGCUGAACGACGCUGUUCUUCAAAUCAUAAAGGUAGUAUUUGUUCACAACGUUUAUCAAAAGAUAAAUCCGUUAAUAUUGGUAAUGAAGAAAUCGAUCACCUUUUACAACGUCAUUGGCAAGAAAUUAUGUACCGAGCUGUCAGAUUAUUUUUACAAGAACGAUUAAAAGUUUCUAGUAUGAAAGGAAAAUUAUUGUCUACUGAAACACAAUCAGAUUUAUACAAUGAUCCAGUGCUAAGUGGUUCUUUUCAGUUAUCAGGAAAUUCAUUGGGUAUAGCUUGUUUUGCUGGUAGUUUCCGAUCAGCACCUGACUGGGCUGUAUUCAAUGUUCAACAUCCAACAGUCUGCUUUGAAACUGAAGCUCAACGAGAACUUCCUAUACCGACUGAAGGAACAAUUCUUGAUGUAAGUGAACAAGAUGGAUGGAUAAAUGUACGACAAGUUUUAAGCUUUGAAUUAGGCUCACCUCCAGAGUUUCAACCUCAAAUGGCUUAUGUACUUCGUGUUAGACGUGGAAAAUCACAGAAUAUACGAGAUUUACCAACGGCAACUAUUGAAGAGUGGUUAGAAUUUUGUUUUCGUGGUGCAGAUAAUACAGUUGUCCAUUUCGUUCGAAAUAAUUAUCCAUCGGGCAUCAAAUCCAUAGUAAAAUUGGCACAGUUCCCAGUAUGUUUUACGCAUAUAAGUAGCCAAGAUGCUUCGUUGCCUGUAUUCAAUGUACUGAACUCUUCAAAACCUGCACGUGAAGUGCUUGUUCCAGUCAGUGAAGAUGAUGGCAACCCUGCAGAUCCUGGUGAUACUAGCCGUCCUACUAAUAAAACUAAUGAAGCAUCAACUAUCGACAAAGAGGUGUCAAAAGAAGAACGACCAAAUGUAUCUUCACGUUUUAAUCCAUUAAGGCCACCAAGUGAAGGCGAAUUAUUGUUUAUUUUACCGUCCCUUGCCUUGCGUAUCACCACUGAUCAACGACAAACAAUGUCUCGACCUAGUUUAUCUAGUUUUCCAGCUAAUGUAUCAGCAUCCUCAGCUAGUAAGGAAUCUACAUUUAACACUAAAGUGACCUCUAAAGAUGCAGACCAGAACAAAUCACCUGAACGAUUUCCUAAAGAUCGAUCUUUACUUCUAACCAAACCAUCUUCUAAAAAAAACAGUUCGGGAGAAUUAAAUGCGAAUUUUUCUAAUUCUGUGCCAUCUGUAAACGUCAGUUUUCAAACUGAUUUUCAUGGCUUCAUUCAACUAGGCCUUAUCGAUGUACCUUGGUUGCCAACCCUCAUAAGUUCAUACUUGGAUGAACGAUUAAAUGACUAUGAACUUUCAAGCGAAGCAAUCUGGAAUGUGGGUGAUUCCAGUCAAAGUUUUGCGAGCGCUCCACCGAUGACUAAUGUUAUGUCGGAAGAUGUUAUUAGUCGGCUUCGUGCGCUUUCAACAACUAGUUCACCUAUGGUUCAGGAUGCCCGUGUCUAUAACAUAAUACACUGGUCAUUAAGUCCUGAAUGUCGUUGGCUUUUAGCCACUAACAUUGGAGUGCCAGCAUUUGAUCGUCUUCUAGAAAGUAUCGGCUUCCGCAAGGCGCGUGUCACCAUUCCGAAAUGGCUUCAAAGAGGUGUAAUGGAUCAUCUAGACAAAAUUGCAUCUAUACUCUUAAGAGGCAGCUUAGUAUUAAGCAUGGAUAAGACAACUGAAGAAACUGAUUCUUCUGAUCAAACAAACGAAAAAGACAGGCCCAUAAUACUGCUUCAACAUCAAUAAAAUAAGCAUACAUUAUUUACUUUAGACUUUAAACUCAUUGAUUUACCAGUAUUUUUGAUGCCGUACUAAGUCAAAUAUGAAAAUCCUUUCCCAACUUUUUUAACUGUAAAGUCUUUCUUUUCUUACAUGUACUCACAUUAUUUCAUUCUUCGAAAUGUAUCCUGUUUUCUAUUUCUAUGCUAACUGUUGCUGUCACAAGAGUCCCUACUACUCUGCAAACAUCACUGUUCAGUAUCCUAACUACCAUUUUCAUUUAAUUUGAUUGUUACCUGAUGAAUUUCAUAUUAAGUGAACAACAAAAGAUAAUUUUUAAUGUUUUUUUCUGUCUCAGACAGAUGUAGAUAUUUGGAAGUGUUCCAACAGCAAAAAUGAACGCCUAACAAACUUUUGUACAAAUUUUACCUGUAGCGUUUGAAAAAUUUUUAUUGUUUGAAAGUGUUAGCAUGUUGCUACAGUUGCCACUUAUUUACCAUGACAUUAAAAUGAUUCUAAUUACUCGUACCCAUCGUUCUAUUUCGCUUGUUUAUAUGUACGUACUGUUAUGUCAAGCCUACACGGCUUGUCCUAGACCUUGGACAAACUAAUUGAUACAUUCUUCUCAAGCUGUUCACUAGUCUUUCGGCCUUGGUAAUUAAUCGCUUAUAACUUGGUUGUUUUUAUAUAAGUGCGUAUAUGCAUUGCUUACUUUGCUUAUCACAUGUCUAGUUUGUUUUUGUCUGACUGUAAAUACUAGUAAUGCCUCAUCGAUUGAGUUGGCCCACUCUCCUUCCCCACUUCACUUCGUUUCGCUUUUACGGUUCUACUUAUUUUCUGACUGCUUACGCAAAUGUAUGAAAUAAACGCAUUCAAG